AUGGAGGAUCCUGUGACUUUCAAACAUGCUAUGGAAAGUGACAAAAAUGAACAUUUGAUGGCAUCUAUGGAAUCUGAACUUGAGUCAUUGAGCAAGAAUGGAGUUUGGAGACUUGUUAAACUGCCACAAAAUAGCAAACCUAUAGGCUGCAAGUGGGUUUACAAAACAAAGAGAAAUCCACAAGGAAAAAUCGAUAGAUACAAGGCUAGGCUAGUGGGAAAAGGUUACACUCAACAGGAAUGGGUAGAUUACAAUGAAACCUUUUCUCCUGUUUCUACCAAGGAUUCAUUUAGGGACAUAAUGGCUUUGGUAAUACACUUUCAACUACACCUUCAUCAAAUGGACGUUAAGAUUUUUAAAUGGAAAUUUGGAUCAAGAGAUCUACAUGAAGCAGUCGGAUGGUUUUGUCUUAAAAGGGGGAGAGGAUCUAGUGUGCAGACUACAAAAAUCCAUCUAUGGUUUAAAACAAGCCUCGAGGCAGUGCUGGAUGAAUGCAUUUAUACGAAGUUUAAUGGAACAAAUUUUUUGUUCAUGCUCUUAUAUGUAGAUGACAUCCUUUUGGCAAGCAAUAACUUGUCUCUACUUCAUGACAUUAAGAGGAUGUUAUCUAGUCACUUUGACAUGAGUGAUCUGGGAGAAGCCAAUUAUGUUUUGGGAAGCGAAAUUAAAAGAGACAGAGAAAGGAGAUUGCUUGGUUUAUCUCAAAAAGGCUACGUUGAAAAGAUAUUCAAGAGAUUCAACAUGGAUGAUUGCAUAGGUUUUGAUGUGCCCAUGUCAAAGGGUGACAAACUAAGCAAUGAUCAAUCUCCCAAAAUUGAGCAAGAGAAGUAUGAGAUGCAGGAUAAACUUUAUGCAUCAUUAGUGGGAAUGUCCUUAGAUGAUUUCGAUCGAAUCCAGGAGAAGCUCAUUGGGUUGCAGCUGGAAGGACAUGCAGAUGGUGAUUUUGCUGGUUGUUCGGAUACCAAAAAGAGCACAUCAGGUGUUGCGUUUAUAUUUGCAACAGGAGCAGUAGCUUGGAGAAGCAUUAAGCAAUAUGUGUUAACCUCAACCAUGCAGGCAGAAUUUUUGGCAAUUUAUGAAGCUACUUCUAUGGCUAUGUGGCUCAAGAACUUCAUGUCUAUGUUAAAAGUUAUAGAUUCUAUACAAAGGCCUAUACAAUUGUGGAACAAUAACAGUGCAGCAGUGUAUUUUUUAAAAGGCAACAAAAGUUCAUCUGGAAUGAGGCAUUUGCAAUUAAAGUUUUUAUCAGCAAAUGAGAAAAUCCGAGAUGGUCAAACAGUCUUGAAUCACAUUGGUACAAAUUCAAUGAUUCCAGAUCCUUUGAAUAAAGCCUACCUAAUCAUGUGUUUCAUAGGCAUGUUAAUAGCAUGGGUCUGCUAA